CCACUCGGUGACUGCGCGAGGAGCGCGGCGGGCGCGCCGCGAUUGGCCGCGGUGCUGACGGGCCGCGCUCUAUAUAAGGGCGGCAGGAGGCGGGCCCCGCUUCCCAGUGCUGUGGCUGGGGCUGGACGGUGACUGCCGCCCGCCGCUCCGCGCGAAGAUGGCGACGCUGAAGGCCGUGUGCGUGAUGAAGGGAGAAGGCCCCGUGCAGGGAGUCAUCCACUUCCAGCAGCAGGGCAAUGGACCAGUAAAAGUCACUGGAAGGAUCAAUGGCUUGGCUGAUGGAAAUCAUGGCUUCCAUGUCCAUGAAUUUGGUGACAAUACAAAUGGAUGUACCAGUGCAGGUCCUCACUUCAAUCCUGAAGGCAAGCAGCAUGGUGGACCAGGUGAUGCAGAAAGGCAUGUGGGAGACCUUGGCAACGUGACUGCUAAAGGAGGAGUGGCAGAUGUGGAAAUACAAGAUUCCGUCAUUUCUCUUAGUGGACCACACAGCAUCAUUGGACGUACCAUGGUGGUCCAUGAAAAAAGCGAUGACCUGGGUAGAGGGGGAGACAACGAGAGCAAAUUAACUGGAAAUGCUGGCCCUCGUUUAGCUUGUGGUGUAAUUGGAAUAGCAAAGAGCUAAGUGCAGUAUCCGAGAUGCUCACGAUGGCAGUGAUGAAGGGGCUGUAUUUCUUUGCAAAUGCUGUAUGUGCCCUUCCCUGUGCAAGCAAAAGAUUUAUCACUUAAUCUCAUUACUACUCUGCAUUUGGAGUAUCACUUAAACUGGUGAAGACUGAAUUUUGUAUGAUGUAUAUUGCAAUUAAAGUGAUGCUGAUGGAA